GUCAUGAAUCAAGUUACACAAGAGCUGAUCAAGUUCCUGACGAGUCUGCCGGCAUCGACCAAUCCUUAUGAGGCAACGGCUGUAAAGAUCAAGCAAGAAACCGAAGAGGCCACCCCUGUUCUUUGGGGACUCAUUCUUCGGCGAAUCAUAGCUUUCCAGUUCUUCGUCUUGUGUUGCCAAGCCGCAGCCGUUCUUUAUUUGCGAAAAAAAGCCAAGAAGCUACAUUUUUUCAGGUACAACAAACUGGGGUUGAUCCACGUCGAGGUGCUCAAUGAAAUCGUGCUAUUGAUGCUCGUCUUUUCUCUCAUGGCAUUUGUGGAUUUAUUCACACAAGAAUUCACGGAAAAAAACCUCCUGCGUCUGUCGAGCAUCGAGACCGCACUGAAUCUGAGCUCUUUAGGAGCCCGAGCCCGAGCUGGAGCGUCCAUUAGACUUUCGGCUCAUCUACGUUUCGCGCUCAACGGCUCAUUGGUGACUUUGAUGGUUGUCCCUGGCGCAUUACUUUUGUGGAUCUCGAUCCUAGUUGCUCGCAGUUUAAGGAUCAUCGAAACCAACACCGACGGAAUCGUGGCGACCCUUAUCGAAACCGCACCCAGCUACCGAGCCGAGACCUACAGCUAUCUGAGUGUGCUUCGACUGCUGAAGCCUAUGGCAAGCACCUUGGAAAUUGCCACGCGUCUCAACCGUUACACCAAGAUCGUUUUGCUGCUUUACUUGUUACAACAUCUGUUGAUAGCAAUCGUUUAUCUGCCCAUCUCCGUGAUAGCUUUACGAGGCCUGCGCAAGCGAGCAGUGCCUAAAGACCUCCUGCAAAGAGGCUCUGUCCAAAUCUGCACCCCAACCCAUCAGGACACGAUCGACAAGGUGAGGAAACGACUGAUCAACCACGCUCUUUUGAUCUAUCUCCAAGAGAUCUUAUACUGUCCAACACUUGUCUACAUGGUACGCAUCUUGCUCUUUUCUUCGUCGUCUUCUUCAAUCACGAGCAAUCAAGUUGGUUUCGAGAUGGUGCUAAAGAGAACCUGGGAUUCGGAACACAGCUAUGUGCUCCCUCAACCAAACUAA